AUGAAUGGGAUUAGAUAUUUUUUAAAACGUUAUAGAGGCACCGAGACAAAGAAAGCCGGCCGGCAUUUUGUUGUACACCGGGUCGGAGCAACAAAGGGACGUGCGUCCGAUAACGCGAGCGAUUGUAACUGGCGCGCGGGGAGACCGCCGCCGGCCGCGGAGAGACCCCCCGCACCCCCGCCCUGGGCCCUCUAUAUAAACCGAAAACACUUCCCGCAGCGUCAGUCCACAGAAAGCGACAGGGUCGGGUGGGUCGAACAGUGA